UUUCCCCGCACAAAUUCCAUGUGUUUUCUACUUCGUUUUGUGGAAGACGGAGAAGCCAGCGAAGAAGAGGAGGGGGGAGGAGAACGAAAGAAACAAGAAAGGAAUUCCAAGAGCAGUCGGUUUCAAUUAAUCGAUCGCCCUCGUUGUUUCUAUCAUAAGGGCUUGAAAGAAGGAUUACCAUGAGAUUCAAGAAGGGGAAUAAGGUGGAGGUUUGGAGCAGGAGGGAGCUUGCAUCAGGCUCAUGGUGGAGUGCCGAGAUCAUCUCGGGUAAUGGGCAUAACUAUUCUGUGAGAUAUGAUGGGUAUCCAACAGACAGCAGUGUGGCAGUGGAUAGAGUGCCAAGAAAGGCCAUCAGACCCUGCCCUCCACCUGUGGAAGGCCUGAAGGAUGUGAAGUCUGGAGAUGUUGUCGAGGUGUUUGACAAUAAUUCAUGGAAGCUUGGUGAAGUUUUGAUGGUUGUCGAUAAGAAAUACUGUUCUGUGAGGCUCAUUGGAUCCUCUAGGGAGUUCAGAACCCAUAAUUCUCACAUAAGGAGACAUCUUUCUUGGCAGGACGAGCAGUGGGUGGCGAUUCAUAAGGAUUCUGGAAAACAACAUGGUGGAAUUCUAAACAGUUCAUCAAGAGGAGAGAAGUUGGGUUACCGUAAGCCUCAGUCAUGUGUAGAGAUGGUUAAUUCUUCUGGAAAGAGCCGUUUUCCUAUUGGAAGUCAUGAUUUUCCUGAGAAUACAAGAUGGGUUCUCCCAAGAGGCAUGAAGAAAAGGCCAUUGGAUUUAUCUAUUCCUUCAGAGAUGUGCAAUGAUGGUAGAAGAAAGACAAGGGCAGUCGAGAAAGAUGGGAAGUGUCACAGAAUGAUUACCAAGCGUCCAAUACAGUGUUUCGAAAAGGUAGAUGCUGUUGCUUCCACAGGAAGACUGCUGGGUGAAAAAUACAUUCAUUCUUACUCAAACAACAGAACAAUUGGUUCCUAUAGAGGAAGCGGACUACCAAGUUCAGAUAAACAUAAUUGUGAACCUAGUGAUGCUGAAAGCACUUCAUCCUCUGUUGGUAGUUGUAGUCCAAGCAGCAGUCCAUGUAGGUCACUGCAGCAUCAUAUAACCUAUCCUUCCCAAGAAUUGUAUAGCCAAUAUGAUCAUGCUGAAACUUCUUGUGAUUUGGAUAGAGAACCAUCUAUUUCUUGGAAGGAUGAGUUGCAAGCAGAAAUUCAUGAACUAGAGUUGAAUGCAUACCGGUCCACCUUGAUAGCUUUAUAUGCUUCUGGCCCUAUAAGUUGGGAACAGGAAGCAUUGAUGACAAACCUACGUCUAAUGUUAAAUAUAUCAAAUGACGAACACUUAGUGGAGCUAAGGAACUUGAUACAUUUUGAAAUGGCCACCAGAAACUCAUAGUUGACUAGAAGAAAUGCUUAGUAUCUGCGAAGUUACCAAUUAACCCGAGGAUUGUUUCAAUAUUUUGUUCAAUUUGUAAGAUGGAGGAAUCAGAAAUGUAGCUGCAUAUUAAAUAUUCAUAUUGAUUUCCUAAAGUCACUUUCUGUGGCAUCUUUUUGUAUUACAAACAUUUAUGUCUAUGAACUAUGAAGCAUCUUCUUAAUGAAGCUCUUUUUUACUCUGAACUUGGUUAUUACUUUUUCAAAUUUCUUGUGAUCUCAUUUUGUAGCAACUUUAUUAAACCAUAGUUCUCUGUGUAUGCAUGUUGGAAUAUAUAUAUCAACAUGAUCUGAUCAUGAGAUUUCAUUGUUAAUUUGAAUCUAUGUCCUAGUAGAAAUCUGUUUUGCACCACAGAUGUGAAUUUACUGUCAUGAGGUUUAUCCAUCUUUAUGCUGCAGAUCCACUUGUUUAACUCCAAUUAAGUGUUCCAUAUUGUGGAUAUAAUUGACACUUACUAUGCCUCUUCCAGGGCCAAAAUUGGAGGCUCCCAAACUUUGAUUCCAUAGGUCUGUGAUGAUGGUGGAGUUGUCAUGUCUUUUACACUGCGAACAGUGUGGCAACACUUCCAUCUUAUUCUUAUGUCAGUAUAUCUGAUUAUUUGAUACUUCUAAUUCUGUUAACUCCUUCUAUUUCAGGCUUACUUUAUUUCUGCCUGUAAUACAUCCAUGAUAGAAGUUUAUGAAAAAUAUUUUAACUAAGUUUUCAGUGUUUAGUUGAAACUCUUUUUUUUUUACUAUUUAAUAUUUGAUCUCUGAGGUGGAUGCAGAACGCUUGUUAUUAGGAUGCAUAGUUAUGCACCAUAACAUGUGUUUAUAACUGUAGGCUAUUUGAAAUAUCUCUUGCUGCUUGCAACAAGAGAUAUUUAAUCUGCUUUACAAGCAAUUUUAGCUUGUUGGAAAUAUCUCUUGCUGCUGGCGACAUGCUGGAUGUAUUAAGCUAUGAACAUUAACACAUGGCACUUCCUGCUGAACGUAAUAUACAUGGAAAUUUUAGAACUAUAAAAUUGGGAAUGACAUAAUAUUUAUGUUGGUACAAUGUUGAUGAAUCAUUUUAGUUGUGUUUCAUAGUAUAUCUGAAUGAAGCUUGGUUUUAUUUUAGUUAUUUUAUUAUAGUUUCAAAACUACAAGAUCUGCCUGUGUUGCAUACUCAAAUAUAAGGGUCUUCCAUGCCAAGAAAUGUAAUUUCAGGUAACAGACCCGUAUUGGUACAUGACCGAUACAGGUCAGGUCCAUGUCAAGCUUAUCAAAAUAUGGUAUGUCAGCAUGUACUGUAAUACUAUUUAUGGGGAAGAAAAAGAAGGAAAAAGAAGAAGCCAGAAGGAACAAAGGAGAAGAAGAAUGAUGGAAGGAGGAAGAAAAGAGGAGGGGAAGGAGAAGAAGUACUGGUCCAGUGGUGUUGGACGUCAGACUGGUUUGCAGCACAGGUACAACUCCUACGCAUGUCUGUGAGUCAUGAAAAAUCAUGCUGGAUAGUCCCAAGUGAGAUAAAAGCUUUAUUAUUCUUUGAUUUAGCUAAAAGCAUAAUCUCAAGUGAAAACCUUAAUUUUAAGUGCUUUAUAGCCAUAAUUGGGUGGGACACAGUAAGACUUCUUCAGGAAAGUAAGCUGCAAAAAUAUUGGCUAAUGUAAGUAGCUAAGCUUUCGAGAUAUGUGCUUCUGUUGUCACCGUGUAAAAGGAAUCAUAUUGAAGGAAUAACAUAUGGGAAACUUAUUUUUGGAGAGUUAUUCGUAUUUAGUAAUGGGGCAUCCCAGAAAUCUAAAGAUGGUCCAUUGCUGUUGUCAUUUUCGAAGUUCUAAAAUAUGUCUCAAAGUGGGAUAAUUUCAAUUGAAAAGUUGUAUAUACAAGGACACAAUCAUUAAAGAUUUUAAAGAGAUUCAUUAUUUUAUAGUAGUCUUCAGGUGCUAAGAUAAUAUUGAUGGGGCAAGCCACAAAGUAGUGCUAAAAGACAAAUCUAGAGGUCAGGUCAUACAUUUACUGAGGACUCUGAUAUGAUGAAAGAGAAGUUGAAAGAGAAAUAUCUUCCACUAUGGUAUCAGAUCAGACUAUCGGUGAAAUCUAGAUAUCGUGACACUGGGCUUGGGGCUGAAAUCCAAUGGAAUGCUGUCACAUGUUUUUGAUUCCUUGGAGCUUUAGUUAGCCUUAGAAGAUAAUAGCUAUCUCAGGUCACCCUAGAUUAGGAGACCGCCUCAGUACGUCAAUCUUUGAACUUGAAAGGAUGUCUGUUUACACUCAGUCUGUCCUCCAAGCAAGGGACAAAUAUGGUUCAUUGACUACCACUACUAUAAGCUAAAGCUACUAUGCCUAUGAAUGCCCUAAGAAUAACUUGGCUAUUCAUCCUGAAGAAAUUAUGAAGAUGGAACUAUGGAGAGAGUGUCCCACAUCUAUGAUGAAUUGGACAACAAUGAGGACCUACAUGAGUUUGAGGAUGAAACCCAACUUUAGAUCAUGAGGUGUGUUUGCUUUACCACACUAAAAGAGGAUAAUUUAAAUGAAUCUUUGUUUUGCAUACCUGCAGCAGAGGUGAUGAUAGAAGCUGCAAUUUUAUUAGUUAUCACUAAUGGAGGUAAUACCUGAUGUGGUGUUUAAAAGUGCUUUUUAGAGGAUAAAAAUUGAAGUCUUAGUUUCCUAGAUUUUAUUCAUCUAAGGUUGUUUAGGUGGACUCCACUAUGUUUGUUAGCCAAUACAUCGCUUGCUCCAAAUUUAGUUUGCCAAUGUUUAUGAAAUAUACUCCUGCAGAAGCAGGGCAGAUCUUACUUGGGAGGCCAUGACUAAAGAUCUCUGUGACUCGCAGUGGUAGGCAUACCACCUAUGUUUUCAAACAUGAUGGAAAGAAAAUGGUGUAUAAUCCUAGUAAGCCUAGAGUGAAGGCAUCCAAUGAAUUCUAUGCACCUGGUUGAAACCAUGCAUCCUUUAUGUGUCCUCAUUUUGAAGCAGUAUGAAUAAGGAAAUAUGGAACACACUCUUGUUUAUGCCUUAGCAACCAAGUCAAAAGCCAACCCACCGUAGAACCUAAAUUGUCUUUUAAAGUUAGGUUCAUACUGAGUUCAGGAUCUUAUAUCUAUAAAGUUAUUUGAUGAUCUUCCACUUAUGAAUGACGUGUAUCUCAACUCGUUCCAUUACUAAUUUUGCCAUACUAUCGGAUGAAUCCCGAUGAGUACCUGAAGUAAAGGAGGCUAGUAGAUGAGCUCAUGUGCCGUUUCAGCAUUGUUCACUCCAAAAGAUGGGAAUUGGAGGAUGCCUACACAAAAUGGAGGAGGAUGUGCCAUUUCCUCUGAUUAUUUGGCAAUUGCUUUUGUAUGGUUGAAGAGUACCAUGAAUGGAUAGGUGGUGCAAGUAUGCUGCUGAGGAUGCAGGCAUGAUAUUGCAAUGGAUGUACUCUUAGAAAUGAUCAUUUUUCUAAACUAAACUCAAGUCCUACCACCUCUGCAUUCUUGCAUUAGUUAACAUAUAGGGAAAUUCAACAGGUAUUGUUUUCAGCAGUCAGUUUGCCUAAAAAACACUCUAUUGAUUGGUUAAUUCUAGGAAAAAUUGCUUGCAUAUUUCUAUGAAUGCUUUUCUUUAAGGUCUCUUUGUUGACUAGGUACCACAAGCUUUGUUGCUUCAGUUAGGCAAAGUGCCAUAAAACAGGUUAGCCACGAAGCUGCGUGAUGUUACUGUUGGAGUCAUGACAUUCCAAUGCAUAUGCAAAUGGCCAGCAAUUGUGCAGGACAUGCAGGCACUUCAUCAAUUGUACAUUUGCUGCUGGGUUGAUCAAUUAUGGGAAAUAUGAGCUGUAAACAUGUAGAUUAGAAAUUAGUUUUUAAAAAUGUCAUGUAUAUCAUAGGAUGUAUACCAAGAUGCGGGUGUCUGAUCUGUAUCCGAGAAGAUGUUUUGCUAUAGAACUUGAGUGGUGUAAUUGGUUCUAAUGUAUCAGAUCCUGAUAUAAACGUUUCCCAUGCUUA